GAUGCGGUGAGGUCAUCAUGUUGAAUUCAGUAUAAAUAUCCAAAAGCUCGUCCGAUCAGCACACAACAGAUAGUGGAAACAAACACUGAAGCCCAAAGCAAGACUGAAGACUACAUCUACAUCUACGACAUUUGAAGCAUCGCUGAGAGAGAUGAAGGUGAAGAUGCUGGCCGUGUUGGCUCUGGUUCUUCUGGUCUCCAGUGCGACUGAGGGACGGAUUCUCAGUAAAUGUGAGCUGAAGUCCCAACUCGAGGCGGCACUGAGGGGAAAUCAGGGAGGAAAUGGAUCUGCAACUCUCACUAAUGGGCCUGGAAAUGUGACUGUGCCUGAAAAUGUAACUGUUCCUAAAAACGUAACUGUGCCUGGAAAUACAACUGUGCCUGACAACACAACUGCCAAUCCACUCAUCGCCCAAAUCGUUUGUUCUGUGGAGCAUGUGUCGAAGUUCGACACCAGCCUGGUCACCACCAUCCAAGAAGACCCCAGAUCUCCAGUGAGACCUCCAGUGAGACCCCCUCCCAGACCAGAACAACGACCCAACGAAAGACCAGGGGGAAGACCUGGACGCCCCGGCGGAAGGGGAAAGAGAUCUCAUGGUGCAGCACACGGGCACCACAGUUCCGAGAGUUCCGAGAGUUCCGAGGAGAAUGUCAUCACAAGACUGUUUGGAAUCUUCCAGCUGAGCGACCGUGUGGCCUGCGAUUCCGGAUCCGGCCAGAGUCUGAACAUCUGCAACAUGAGCUGCAGAGCUCUGACUGAUGAUGACAUCAGGGAUGACAUCACGUGCCUGAAGACCCUGCUGGACAGCGCAAGAAAUGCCCCUGUUUCAGUCUUCGCCUCUCCACCCAGAAAAACGCCACUUGUGGUCCUCUCUGUGAACGAGUGCCGCGGCGUCAAUCCUGCGCAGUACUUUGCUGAGUGUCCCUGAAACAUUCAGCGUUUCUUCAGACAUGAAUACUCUGUCAAAUGUCAUCCCAGUGCAUUAUUGUAGUAACCCCAGCUGAAACUACUGAUCACAUGAAUUAGUUCUCAUAUUGCA